GACAUAUUCAAUCGCUUGAAAAUCUGAAAACAGUAAAACAUUCUCUUUCAGAGCUAUGUCGAUUUUUAGUUAACGAAACGCGCGCUUUAUUUGGUUAGGAAGAAACCAUCAAAUCCUAGGUUUUCAUUCCCAGUCUGCAAAAAGCCAAACGCAAUACUCAGCUGAAAAAAAAAAAAAAAAAAAAAAAAAUUAGAAAGGGAAGAGGAAAAUGAUAGACAGGUGUUUAGGAGUUCAAAGAUCGAGAAAGGUUCGUAGAGCUUUACGCAACUGCAAGGUCACAAUCCUCUGCCUCGUCCUCACAGUCGUCGUCUUACGGAGCAUUAUCGGAGCCGGUAAAUUUGGCACUCCGGAGCAAGACUUGACAGAGAUCCGUAACCGCUUCUAUCUUCACUCCAGAAAGCGCGGCGCCGAGUCGCAUCGAGUCCUUAAAGACGACCGCCAAACGACGUCGGCCUCUUCUAAUACUUCCAAUACCACCAACUCCAACUUUCAGAAAGCUAACAACAAUUACAAUGAAUUUGAUACCAGCAAUAUUUCGGUCGACGAAGAAGAAGAUGAAAACCCAGACUGGCACAAGCCCUACUCUGUCGGACCAAAAAUCUCAGACUGGGACGAGCGAAGAUCGAAAUGGCUGAAAGAAAACCCAAAAUUUCUGAAUUUUGUAGGAGAGGAGAAGCCACGUGUCCUACUUGUUACGGGAUCUUCACCUAGAGCGUGCGAGAAUCCGGUAGGUGAUCAUUAUCUAUUGAAAUCAGUGAAAAACAAGAUUGAUUAUUGUAGAAUACACGGAAUAGAAAUAUUUUAUAAUAUGGCUUUUCUAGAUGCUGAAAUGGCAGGGUUUUGGGCUAAGCUUCCGUUGUUAAGAAACUUAAUGCUGUCUCAUCCAGAGGUGGAGUUAUUCUGGUGGAUGGAUAGUGAUGCAAUGUUUACUGAUAUGGCAUUUGAGGUUCCAUGGGACAGGUAUAAAGACUACAAUUUGGUGAUGCACGGAUGGAAUGAGAUGGUUUAUGAUCAAAAGAAAUGGACUGGAUUGAAUACUGGGAGCUUUAUGUUGAGGAAUUGUCGGUGGUCGUUGGAUAUUCUUGAUUCUUGGGCUCCAAUGGGACCAGAAGGGAUAAUUCGGGAUAGAGCUGGGAAGAUAUUAACCAAGGAGCUUAAGGAUAGGCCAGCCUUUGAAGCAGAUGAUCAGUCAGCAAUGGUUUACUUGUUGGCUACUCAGAGGGAUAAGUGGGGUGAUAAGGUUUAUCUUGAGAGCGAAUAUUAUUUGCAUGGUUAUUGGGGGAUUUUGGUAGAUAGGUAUGAGGAAAUGAUUGAGAAGUAUCAUCCAGGUUUAGGUGAUCAUAGGUGGCCUCUAGUGACUCAUUUUGUGGGUUGCAAGCCUUGUGCCAAGUUUGGGGAAUUCCCGGUUGAAAGGUGCUUGAGGCAGAUGGAUCGAGCUUUUAACUUUGGUGAUAAUCAGAUACUUAAGAUUUAUGGCUUCACUCAUAAUUCAUUGGUCAGUAAACGUGUUAAGCGAGUUCGAAAUGAGACAAGCAAUCUACUUGCGGUUAAAGAUCAGCUCGGAUUACUACAAUCACCCUUUAAGAAAGCUAUCAAGAAAAUAGGAUAAAUCUGUCUUUGGGUCAAAAGGAAUUUGCGCGAGGCAAACUUUCAGUUAAGCUAUCUCUUACUGGAGUCAAGUGCAGAGAUGAGUUUAUGUAAUUAUAAUCUUUUUAGGCUUCUCCAACAGUUAGCGUCUACCUGAUGAGGAAAUUUCAUAGGUCAAAUCAUCCUGUAUAACUCAGCAACUUGGUGGUGAAGCUUGCAUCCAAUUACACUUGACAUAUUAGGCGGCUGCCCACCCUACAUCCCUCCAUGACUAAUAGUUUUGUUGUAUCAGGCCUCAUGUCUUGCUAAUUAAAUUGGCAUUAGCAUGUUUUGCAAUGAUGAUGACUCAAAUAAGUGAGGGGCUCAAUUGGCGGCAUCUGUCAUGAACCUCAAGAAAUCAUACUUGUGAAAGAAUUUUAACAAUGUUUACGGGCUAGACAUGGAGUUCCGAGUUCCAGCGUCUGCACUACUGCCUAAGCUUGCUUGCGGUUCUGAUAUGAACUGCUUCGUUCACAUCUUUGAUUGGCUAUCAUUACUAGGUUAAUGCUUAUGCAUUUAUGAGUAUUGAGUUUUUUUCUUUCUUUUAUUUGGUGAUAAGAAAACAUGUGAGAGUCUGGAAUUUGCAUGUGUUUUUUCUACUGCGCUUGGUGGUUUUGUUCU